UCGCUCCUCUCUCCAGCUGAUCGGCCCAGGAUCCCCGGUGCUUCCGUCCGUCGUUCGCUCUGACGGCUCCGGCGUCUCAAUGUCGACUUAAACGGUCUGAAUUUCACCGAGUCAGUGGCCGCUCGUGUCGGCAAGUCGUUCAUUUAACACCGCAACAACGCAGGACAGUCUGGCUCGGGUGUUGACUGUGUACUUGUCAAAGCCAAGGGAAUCUAACUACGAGGCCCUCACUCCAUCCACGGAUUCACCUGCUACGCGGAGAGCCUGACACGGGAGACCGACAUGGGGGACACGGGGAGCGAGGGCAGCAAGCCUCCGAGUAACGUUAACGUUGUACCCCCGCGCUGCCCCUGUGGGUUCUGGGGGUCGAGCAAAACUAUGAAUCUCUGCUCAAAAUGUUUUGCAGACAUUCAAAAGAAACAGCCAAACGAGGAUUGUGCCCCAAAGGCCUCUUCCAGCACCAGCAGCAGUCAAGCAGAUAUCUUCUGUAAUGAAACGAACAGCAGCAUCAGUCAGUCCCUGAUGUCAAUGCCUAAUGCAUCAGAAGACCCUCUGCCUGGAGAGACGGGAGCGACCUCUGUACCUGUUCAGGACGGGGUAUCCAGCACAGACAGAGUCUUGGGUUCACUAUCCACUCCCACGAAACGUUCAUUUAACUCAGCCUCAGAGUCAGAAAGUGAUGUUUCACCUGAGAAGCGAGCAAGAGUGGGUGAGGUCCCAGAGGGUGAGGAGUCCUCGUCAUCAUUAUCAUCUUUGUCUGCAUCAUCGUCGUCAUCCUCGUCUCGCAGUGGCUCUAAACAGCGGAGCCGCAAACGUUGCCAUCGCUGCCAAACCAAACUGGAGCUGGUACAGCAAGAGCUGGGUUCCUGUCGUUGUGGUUAUGUCUUCUGCAUGCUCCACCGACUUCCAGAGCAGCACGAGUGUCUGUUUGACCACCUGGGUCGUGGGCGUCAGGAGGCCGUCCUCAAGAUGGUGAAGCUCGACCGCAAGGUGGGCCGCUCAUGCCAGCGCAUCGGGGAGGAGUGCUCUUGAGCAGCCGUUCCCCCUCAGAUGAAUCUCCGUGUUCAGACAGUGUGUCAGCACUAACAGGGAUAUGAUUUUCUUCUUCUUCUCACCUUGUUUUUUCAGGAUUUUUGCAGGUUUUUUGGAUACAAAUCUCCACUGUUUUGUUUUGUUUUUUAAACUUAAGUUAGCUCUUUUUAAAUCCCACAGUUACAGAUAUCCUGCUUGUUUCCUGCCUCUGUUGGCUUCAUCAUAUCCCUGCUGCUAAGUUGGAUUUUGGAAAAAGACAAACCCAGGAAUGACAGAACUAUAGAGAGCAAAGGAAAUACAUGAUUUCCUCACGUUUUUUUUGCAAGCUCUUGACUACGCAGGUGUGAAUGGAGUAAGAAUGAAAAAAAUGAUGAAGAGAAGAAAUACAAUGCUUUAUACUAAUGCUUAACUUGGAAGCCAGGAUAUACUCUUUACCUCAGAGAAGAAAAUUCAAAAGAUGCAAAGAAUGAUGAAGAGGAGGAGAAAGAAAUGGAUACCCUUCAUCUACACGUUGGCGCUGUUUAUAGACUGUGCUCUUUACCUCAAAAUCAGACCAGAGCUGCUUUGUACCCUGCGCCAGGCUUAGACUUUGUGAAGCAAACAAGCUAGACAGCCUCAGUUAAAGUCAGGGUCUUACCCCCUGGCCACCCAUCACCUAUAAUCCUAAACCUUUAGAAACACAAACACCUGUUAAUCAUCCACCUCAGGAUACUGAAGCUCAACCUUCCUACCAACUUGCAUCCUUCUCUCCUGCUCUACAAGACACCAUUUACUCCUUUGAUUUAAUUUUUGAUGGCAGUCGGGAUACUCUUAAGCCCAUUUUCAGAACUUGCAGCAAGUGUUGGACUCAGACACACAUAAUGGUGGUGGGAACAGCGAACUGGUUGUCCUCGGGUUACACACAGAUCCGUCUUCAGUGUUGGGAUGUGGCUGGUGAAGACCUAAUUUGUUGAGGAUUUUCUCUGUCUUCCUCUUUUCAUCUGUCUUCAUCUUAUUUUCUUCCACAUAGAGACAUUUCCUUCUCACAUCCCUAGUCUUUUUGGGUGGUGUAUGGCUUGUGUGUGCUAGAUGUGUACAACCUUCAGGAAGACAAAAUUUGCAGGACAUGAGAGACAAAGUGUGCUUUUGAUCUCUGAAUGGACCUGGAAUGUCUGCAUUGUCACACAUUACUAUAGUUUUGCAAAUACUCACAGUUCGACUCCUUUGUGUUAUUUUAUGUGCUCAGCUGUUGUUCAUGCUGAGCACAAACAGGUAAAAUCAAACAUUGCUGUACACUUUGAGUUUGGACUGAAGCUGCAAUAGCAAACUCAGAGGUUCCUGUUUGGGAUUGAGAUGGCUGUUCAGGUCUCUAAUAUUGUUCCAGGCCUUUGUUUCAGUUAUCCACAUUCUAAAGGUGAUUUUUGGUGCCAGCUUUGAAGCAAGACUUAAUGAUUUUGUGAUUUUCACUCCUUUCACCGAUACUUUGAUAUCCUUUACUACAUGUUAUGAUUUCCAGCCAGCAUGAUGCGAUCACAUGCAUUCUCCUUCUUCUUCCUUUCAUUUUGUUUUUCUCAUCUUUCCCUGUAUUGAUUGCUCUAUUUUUCCUUAUUUCACCCUCUCUGUCUCCCUUCCCCACUCUUUCUUGUGAUACUAUGGAUGAGGGAAUAGCGCUGGGGUUGGCAAUGUGCUGAAAGUGAAAAUCAGCAAAUAAUUACCUUCCAAACAUUUUCCUGGUGGACUAUGGAAGGAAUGAACGGAAAAUGCAUAAUGAAUGAAUAUUGUGUAUCUUAAAGAAAACCUUAUUUAACCUCUUUUGCGUUUCAGAUUUACUUACACUUAAGUGUAGUGCUGCAUUUUCGGUUGUAACGUGGUUAUAAAGGGGGAAGGUGAAUGUGGAAAAUUCUAUAUUUUUGUUUCUUUUGCUUUACUUUUUGCUUCCCCUUUCCAACAUUUUUUUCUUUUACUCAGAAAGAAUAAACUGGAUUAGACAAAAUACGAACAUCUCUGGUGUACUUACUGACAUAAUGGAUGUGAAAAUGGAUUGUUUUGUAGAAUUUAGUGUUUUUUUCAUCAGUUUAUCUUCUAUUCGGAGCUGAUUUUGCAGUCACACAUUGGAAGAACAAAUUUAAGAUGAAAAGCUAUAUGCACUUGGCAUAAUAUAUAUUUUUAAUGAGUGCAUGUGUGAGGUGAGGCGGGUUAGGCCUUCUUGCAACAUGCUGUUGGAUCUCUUGCAUGUCUUAACAGCCUGCCAAGUUUUAUAGUGAUGUAAACAUCUGUUUACUGCUCACAGAGGGCUGCUAUAAAUCUACUCUCAUUUACUUACCAAAUCUGUUUCAGUGAGUGUGUUUGUGUGUGAACAUGUGUGCUUGCUAAUGGGGGAAUUUUGACUAAAGAGGCUUCUGAUGGCAGCGAUGAGUCUCGUGGGUUGGCUGUACUAAUUAAUGUUGUGAAAAAGAAAACAUAUGUAGCCAUGAUCAAAAGACUGCUUCAUAUGUUGAAGUUGGUCAGCUGCCAGCUGGAGUGUAAUCUCUUACCCUCCUCUUCACCCUGACUGAGUCAGAACUAUGGAAGGUAGCAUGUAAAUUUGAAGUAGUUUUGAAAAGUUUCUUCUGUGCCAAGGUGAUUGAAACUUCAGAAAAAACAUUAUCAAUGCGUUCCUUCAGUUUCUAGGCUUUGGUGUCCGACCUUGGAUCAAGAUUUCUAAGAACUAAUAAGGCAAUAUUUAUUUGAUGUACUUUUUGUUUGCAAAAACAGAUGUUAAAUAUCUAUGAUCCACUUUGGACUCUUUCUGUGUUCUCUGAAAUCUAUACAAUGUAUGUUAAAGAUAAAUACUGAGAUCCUUGAAAUAGGAAAAAAUA